AUGGGCCUCGUCCAUUUAUUUCAUAAGUGCUACCCGCUUACAAGGAUGUUCCGUUUUAUCCUACUAAUGUUGGCCGUUGGGCUGACAUUGGGCUACAAGAAUCCCCACUAUGCACCUGGCCGUACCGCGAUGGUGCAUCUGUUCGAGUGGAAGUGGGAUGACAUUGCUGUAGAGUGCGAGCGGUGGCUUGGACCUAGAGGAUUUGGUGGUGUUCAGAAGUGCCACCCACCAACACCACUUACAAGGAUGUUCCGUUUCAUCCUACUAAUGUUGGCCGUUGGGCUGACAUUGGGCUACAAGAAUCCCCACUAUGCACCAGGCCGUACCACGAUGGUGCAUCUGUUCGAGUGGAAGUGGGAUGACAUUGCUGUAGAGUGCGAGCGGUGGCUUGGACCUAGAGGAUUUGGUGGUGUUCAGAUUUCUCCUCCCAAUGAAAAUUUGAUAAUCUGGAAUAGAAACCGCCCAUGGUGGGAACGCUACCAGCCUAUGUCUUAUCGUUUGAUUACUCGUUCGGGUAAUGAACAGCAGUUUGCCAACAUGGUACGAAGAUGCAACAAUGUCGGUGUCAGAAUCUACGUAGAUGCAAUCAUCAACCACAUGACUGGUACUUGGAACGAAAAUGUGGGUACCGGUGGUAGCACAGCAAACUUUGGUCAAUGGCAUUAUCCCGCUGUGCCUUAUGGCCGAAAUGACUUUAACUGGCCUCAUUGUGUAAUUAAUCCCAGUGACUAUGCCAACGAUGCUCACAGAGUACGUAAUUGUGAACUUUCUGGACUGAAAGACUUGAACCAAGCCACUGAACACGUGCGUAGAAUGAUUGUGAAUUUCAUGAACCAUCUCAUCAACUUGGGUGUUGCUGGAUUCAGGAUCGAUGCUGCGAAGCACAUGUGGCCCUCUGAUCUCAGAAUUAUCUACAACCGUCUAAAUAAUUUGAAUACUGCUCACGGCUUUCCAAGUGGCGCUCGUCCAUACAUCUACCAAGAAGUAAUCGAUCUAGGAGGCGAAGCAGUCAGCCGUAAUGAAUACACCCCUAUCGGUGCCGUGACUGAGUUUAAAUUUGGACUGGAGCUAUCAGGGGCUUUCCAACGGAAUAAUCAGCUUAGAUGGUUAGUGAACUGGGGAACUCCCUGGGGCCUUCUCGCGUCCAACGAUGCACUUACUUUUAUCGAUAAUCAUGAUAACCAGAGAGGACAUGGUGCUGGUGGCAAUAUACUCACUUAUAAGCAAGCGAGACCCUACAAAGGUGCUAUCGCGUUUAUGUUGGCUCAUCCUUAUGGUUUCCCUCAGUUAAUGAGCAGUUUCGCUUUCCAUGAUACUGAAGCUGGACCUCCGAUGGAUCGCAGUGGAAAUAUUAUUUCUCCUGCCAUCAACUCUGAUAACACAUGCGGCAACGGCUGGGUAUGCGAACACCGUUGGCGCCAAAUCUACAGUAUGGUGGUGUUCAGAAAUGUUGCAGGAAACGCACCAAUGACUAACUGGUGGGAUAAUGGUAGCAAUCAAAUUGCAUUCUGUCGUCAAGGACGUGGAUUUAUCGCCUUCAACAACGACAGUUGGAAUCUAAAUCAGAAUUUACAGACCUGUCUCCCAGCUGGUACCUACUGUGAUGUAAUUUCUGGACAAAGGAACGGUAACAACUGCACCGGCAAGAGAAUAACUGUAGGUAAUGACGGAAGAGCGAUCAUUUCUGUCGGCUCUAACGACUAUGAUAUGAUGCUUGCUAUCCACGUCGGUAGUGAAUCUAGAAUUUGA